CAAAACAGAAGAACUGAGUACCGUUGAUUAUUGCAUAUCCCUUUUUGUCUGUCACGAAAAAUGGAAGCAUCAAGAAUGAGUUUCGGUCUCAGUAGUCCCCAUCACGCUUGCAAAGUGCCAAUCUGCCUAAAGACCAAUCUCUCUCUUGUUCCUCAAUGUUUGCUUCAAAAAAAAAGUCUUUCUCGAAGGCAGAAGAAACACGACUUGUUCUGUGUGAGGGCUAAUAAGAGUGCUAGUGAUGAUGAUCUGGAGAGUAGUCGUCCUCUGACUCAGUUUUCUCCCUCUUUUUGGGGAGAUUACUUCCUUUCCUUCUCCGUUGACCAAUCCGAAUCUGAUGGACUAGCAAAAGAGAUUGAAUCUGUGAUGAAGCCAAACGUGAGAGACAGACUCAUGUCUUCUCACAGUGGCGACAAGGAGAAGAUUCGUAUAAUUCAUUUGCUUAUCUGCCUCGGCAUCUCACAUUACUUCGACAAGGAAAUUGAAGAGAUUCUAGAUCAAGGUUUUCGGAAAUUGAAUGACAUAAUAGCCAAGGAAGAUGACUUGGAAACCAUCUCAAUCAUGUUUGAGGUCUUUAGACUAUACGGUCACAAGAUGUCUUGCGAUAACUUCGAAAGAUUCAAAGGUGAAGAUGGGAGGUUCAAGGAGAGUCUAGCCGGAGAUGUUAGAGGAAUGCUACAGCUGUACCAAGCAGCACAUCUCGGUACACCCUCUGAAGAUAUAUUGGAGGAAGCCAUGAGUUUCACUAGGAACCAGUUGGAGUGUUUUGCAUCCCAAGAAAUGAGUACUCUUUCUCCCCAUCUUUCCACACAUAUUCGCAACGCCUUGUAUAGACCUCGAUGUCAUAACAUGGAAAUAUUCGCCGCAAGAGAAUAUGUUUCUUUCUACAACCAUGAAGAAGGUCAUGACGAGGUGCUUCUUAGGUUUGCAAAGCUAAGCUUCAACUAUUGCCGACUGCUUUACAUCCAAGAGAUCAAAACUCUCACCAAGUGGUGGAAUAACCUAGAUGUGCCCUCCAAACUUCCUUACGUGAGGGAUAGAAUUGUGGAGACGCAUUUCCCUGCUUUAGGACCAUAUUUCGAGCCACGGUAUUCACUUGGGAGAAUUAUAAUGACUAAAAUUAUCAUAGUCGUGGUUAUUUUGGAUGACACAUGUGACGCGUAUGGAACUUUUCCUGAAGUUAAAAGUCUCAUUGAUUUUUUGCAAAGGUGGGAUCUUGGUGCCAUUGAAGAAUUACAAGGCUAUUUGAGAAUAGUCGCCCGAACUUUAUUGGAAACUUUAGGAGAGAUCGAAAGAGAGAUGAAGCCCCGAGGAAGAUCAGCUAGUGUACAGCACACGAUAGAUGAGAUAAAGAGCAUAGGGAGAGCGUACCUAGCGAUAUCAAACUGGGCACGUGCAGGGCAUGUGCCAACUUUUGAGGAGUAUAUGGAGGUUGCGAUGGUCACCGCAGGGAUGGAUGAUUUUGCAUCAUACAGCUUUAUAGCGAUGGAAGAUUGUGACGAGAAACCACUGUACGAAUGGUUUAACUCCAAGCCCAGAAUCUUCCAAGCCUUGUGUGUUAUGUACCGUCUGAAAAACGACAUAGCCACCUACGAGUUAGAGAUGAAGAGAGGAGAGGUGGCAAAUGGAGUCAACUGCUAUAUGAAGCAACAUGAUGUUACUAAAGAAGAAACCGUGGAAGAAUUUAAUAAGAUAUAUAGAGAGAACUAUAAGAUAAUGAUGGAGGAGUUCUUGACGACAAAGUGUGUACCACGACAGAUCUUGAUGCGAUGCCUCAACAUUUCUCGAACUUUUGAUGUGAUUUGCAAGGAAGGCGAUGGAUACACUGAACCCCUUGGAAAUCUCAAAGACAUGAUUACCUCUUUCUUCCUCCAUCCAAUUCUGCUUUGAACACAUGAAACUUUACUUGUAACGUAGUUUACAAGUUCAAAUAUAUGUACUUGGAUCUCUUACUGGUUCACUAUUGAAUAAAUGAUGAGCAAGAUAAGGUUCGCUAUAUGAUUUUAAUUUGCUUCUAUUGAGCAGAUUUCUUUAAUUUAACUUGAAAGGCUAUUUCAUUACUAAAAGUUAAGUAAAAACUGCAUUGGUCUACGAAGUAAAAACUAGGACUUAUACCAGCCAUUCCUGAUAUGUAAAGUUCUUUCAGACUUGGUAGUUGACCAAGAGAUGGCAAGAAGGAACAGUUUUGACACUCACUGAGGCGUAUGCACACGAUUCUAGGUAAUGAAGAUUGAGCUAGCCAUUGUGGAAACAUUCUUCAGUUGUAUCUCUCCAUAUUGAGUUUCUCGAUGAGACGAUGUGGCUGUAACUUGUUAAAGACGUCAGCUUCGUUUUGUGUCCUGUGAGGAUUUGUGUUGCUCUCUGAGCUACUAGAUCCAGUUCUCCGGACAAAGUUUAUCUCCCUUAAAUGUUUCUUGAUGUUUAAGUUUGCUCCUGCAGCCUCAGCAAUAUACACAUGUAAAUUUAAAGGACUAGACUUGUAGUUGUAAUAUUGUUUCAAUAUACAAAAGCUCUAGAGAUGAUGGAGAUCAAUGGCUGUGAUAAGCUAAGGACGAAGACCUUCUUCCUUCCUUGUCUUGCCUAUGAAUAAGCUCUUGUCCAUUGUUGACCGAUAAAUUUUUUGAAGCAAAACCAUAGUUCUUCAUUAGCAUUUCACAAGUGGAAUUCGAGAGUGAAAUCUUCUCUUGAGGAAAAACUAUCAGACCUUUCUUGAUGAACACGACACUGUAAAUGGAACUUUUUACUCAGAGAUCUCCAACAUGCAUGUAACAGUUUUUUCUUAUAUUCUAUCUCAAAAUAAUUACUUUUUCGGAACUGUGGAUAUCUAACCUUCUUAAGAAAGGAGAGCAGAAAAUGCAAACAAAUACUUUCAAAAGAAAAUGCUCAAAAAAUCCCAUAGAGAAAGAUGAUGAAACAGAUGGAAGUAUCUCAGUCAGAAAAGACAAAGCCUAAUAAGAACUCCAAAUUCAGAAAGCAGACAAAAUGUAACUGGAGAUAAACUGUUCUAAAACCUCCAAAAAAAACGAAAAUA